ACCACGAAGAGCAGCAAUGUCGAGACCUUCCCUCGCCCUCGCGCUGCCCACAGAGCUUCAGGACGUGAUACUGCAGCACCUCGGAGACACAUCCUCUAUUUCUGCAUGCGCGCAAGUCCACCGCAACUUCGCUGCGGUAGCGCAAUCCCUCCUUUUCUCCUCGGUCGGUUUGACUGGUUUGACAAACUGCCGCACUUUUUUGCAACUUCUGGAUGCGUCUCCGCAUCUUGCGGCCCAUGUUCGCCAGCUCCUCCUCACGGAAUUGGACCCGCGCGUCAGGGUACGCUGGAUCAAGGAGGCAGCGUCCGAAUUGACCUUCGUCAUCUCGAUGGUUCCGAAUCUGCACUCGCUCGCCGUGCGCUGCGCGGACGCAUGGUGUGAGAGCCCCGACAUGGACGGUCGCUCUUCUGUCCAGGCGCCAAGGGGCGUGGACGCUAUGAUUCGCAGCUGCUCGUCAAGGCUUCGCGCGCUCGAGGUGGACCUGGACGUGCCAGGGCUGACACGUCCGCCCUGGUACUCGUCUCAGCACGUCCGGCUGCUUGCUUUGCACACACUCGUCCUCAGCCGCCCGCUGUGGGACGACUGCGCGGUCCGCGCCCUCGCGCAGGCGGCGCCCAAUGUCGAGGAACUGGUGUUGUGGCAUUCCGCGGAGCCGCGCGGGCUGCGCGCCUGUCGGUUUACGGAGGAGGGCAUGGUGAGCGACAAGCCACUGGUGCAGCAAGCGAAAUGGGCGACGUCGCGCCUGCAAGGGAACACGCUGCUUAGCGCUGCUUCCCUCGAGGCGUGGCGCGCGUUGAAGAGGAUCAAAUUUGUCGCAUUUCAUACACUCGACCAAUCCAAAGGCAUUCUACAACGUCAUGGAUCGGAUGAGGAGAAGGAGAGAACGGUAGAAGACCUGGGCGUGCUGAGGGGCGCAGAUGGACGGUGCAUACGCGUCGUCAUGGAGUGUAUGGCUCAUGAGGUGCAGGAUGGGAGGCUUUCGCAGACGCCCCCGCUGCUUUCGUUCACCUCACCGCUGAGGUGACAAAUGAUAGUCGCCAAUGUCAGCGGCAGCUCGUAGAAAGCGUAUCAAUGCACGAGCCCAGCGCACAAACAUAACGAAAGGCUUGAUGCGUGAACCCACCGCCAC